AUGUCUAGAGACGCACCACUUAAGGCAGAUAAGAGUUAUGCCGAAAUUUUAGAAAAGCAGCUACCUCAGAUUGAUAUUUUAGCGAGAAAUGAUUAUAGUAAGGCCCUAGAUCAGUUGUUAACUUUGGAGAAACAAACAAGACAAUCAUCUGAUCUUGAAUCCUCUAAAAAGGUUUUGGUAAAGAUUGUAGAUGUUUUGGUUGCACAUGAUAAAUGGGAGCUGUUGAAUGAGCAAUUGGUUCUAUUGUUUAAGAAGCACGGACAGUUAAAGCUAUCUGUGCAAACAAUGGUCCAAAGGAUUAUGGAGAAGCUGAAAGAUCUUAAGGACAUAAACAAGAAGAUUGAGGCAAUUGAGGCCAUUAGAACCGUUACGGAAAACAAGAUCUUUGUUGAAGUCGAACGGGCCCGUGUGACCAGAGAGCUAGCUCACAUCAAGAGAUCGCAGGGCAAAUCGGACGAGGCAACUGAUAUACUAUGUGAAUUACAAGUGGAGACCUACGGCUCGAUGGAUAUGUCAGAAAAGAUUGAGUUUAUAAUUGAACAGAUGGAAUUGAGCAUUGAGAAGGGUGACUACUCCCAGGCUACAGUUUUAUCCAGGAAAAUCUUCAAAAAGACUUUUAAGAACGACAAGUUUGAGCAAUUGAAGCUGAAGUACUACGAGUUGUUGAUCAGGAUCAGUCUUCAUAAAUCCGAAUACUUAGAGAUUGCUCAAUACUACCAAGAAAUCUAUAACACCUCCUCAAUCAAGAAAUCACCCGAGCUUUGGAAACCUGUGCUCUCACACGUAGUAUACUUCCUGAUUUUGGCGCCAUACGACAAUUUGCAAAGUGACCUCAUCUACAAAUUACAGCAGGAUAACAAUCUAAAGAAACUGGAACUGCAGGAAUCACUUGUGCAAUUGUUCACUACUCCAGAGUUGAUGAGAUGGCCCAUGGUCAAGCAGACAUACGCUCCUAUAUUAAGCAAGGACGAUGUCGCGUUCGGUGAUAAUAAAAACCACUGGGAAGACUUGCGCAAACGAGUAAUUGAGCAUAACUUGAGGACAAUCUCCACAUACUAUACUAGGAUUAAGUUGCCAAGACUAAAUGAGCUGUUGGAUUUGGACGAAGCCGAAACAGAAACCUUCAUUAGUAACUUAGUCAACCAGGGAAUUAUCUACGCUAAAAUCAAUAGACCCGAGAAAAUCGUCAACUUUGGCAAGCCUAAAAACUCCAGUGAGCUGCUGAACGAGUGGUCCAACAAUGUAGACCAAUUAUUGGAACACAUCGAAACUAUUGGCCACCUAAUCACCAAGGAUGAGAUUAUGCAUGGAUUGAAGGCUAAAUAA